AUGUUGCUGUGUGGUUUGUGCGGGCGGGCGCUGUCUCCUGAGGAGGCGGCGGGGAAUCGCUGCCGCCACCCCUGGCCAGCAAACCUCGACCUCCGUCUCUGCUGCGCCACCGGCGGCCCGCCGCGCUGCGAGGAGCGCCGCCGCCACACCGACACGGCGGAGCUGGGGUCGCCGGCAGCCCGCCGCCCGCCGUCCCCCGAGGGGCUGCCCGAAUGCCCCUUCUGCGGGGAGGCAGCGGGACGGGAGCUGGAGGCGCACCUCUGGGCUCGGCACGGGCACGUGCUGGGGGACCUGGGCCCAGGAAAUGGUGAACAGCUUUACGAAUGCCCAAUGUGUAGUCUUACCUGUACAAACAUUCAGAUUCUUGAAGAACAUGUGGAUUUACACUUCGAGGAAAACAGCUUUUUGGAAGGUGGAAACAUGAGAGAUCUAGAACUGGCUCAGCAGCUCCAAACUGAAGAAGAUAAAUGGCAGAAAUCAGAAGAAGAGAAGCAAGAGAGGGAAGAAUUUAAAAAGCUGCAGAGACAGUACGGGUUAGAUAAUUCUGGAGGCUACAAGCAGCAAUUCCUAAAGAAUAUGGAAAGAGAAGUUGAUAGAGGAAGAAUGCAACCUUUUGAUUAUCACAAGAGGAAAGCUGACAUGAUGGAAAGUUUGGCUUUUGGUAUAGAUGAUGGGAAAACAAAAACCUCAGGAAUCAUUGAAGCAUUGUGCAAGUACUAUCAGAAUGAAAACAAAGAUGUGAGGCGUGUAUGGCUUUCAGCAAGAGUAGAUCACUUCCACUCAUCUUUGGGCGACAGAGGCUGGGGUUGUGGUUACAGGAAUUUCCAAAUGCUCCUUUCCUCACUGUUGCAAAACAGCUUGUAUAAUGACUGCUUGAGAGAUACUACAGCAAUUCCUUGUAUACCGAAGAUUCAGUCCAUGAUUGAAGAUGCCUGGAGAGAAGGCUUUGAUCCUCAUGGGGCAUCUCACUUCAACAACAGAUUACAUGGCUCAAAAGCAUGGAUAGGAGCAUGUGAAAUUUAUUCACUGUUAACCAGUCUAAGGAUAAAGUGUCAAAUCAUUGACUUUCACAAACCAACAGGCCCUACAGGUACACACCCUCGUUUAUUUGAAUGGGUUUUGCAUUACUAUUCUGCAGAUAAUGGAAGUGGUGCAAAGGUAGUGUGUACUUCCAAGCCACCCAUCUACUUGCAACAUGAAGGUCAUAGUCGUACUGUUGUUGGAAUAGAAGAGAAGAAGAAUAAAACCUUAUGUUUGCUACUGUUUGAUCCGGGAUGUCCUUCCCAAGAAAUGCAGAAACUGCUAGAACAAAACAGUGAUGGUACUAGUCUCAAACUACUUCGGAAAUACCUGGGUAGCUUAAAAGAAAAACAAUAUCAGAUAGUGGCUGUAGAUGGUGUACUUGCCUUGGAAGAGAAGGCUGCCCGCUGCCAUGCUUCUCAGGUCUUAACAUCAGAGAAGAUUCCUUAAAGGAUGCCUUUAUUACCUAUUUCUGCAAUUUGCUGGAUGCAAAACAUGAAACUUCUGGACUGUGACCCUAUCUCCAUGAUUUUAGACUUAAACUAUGUCUCCAUAAAUGCCUGGGGUCUCUGGAGAAGCACAGCACUGGAGUAGACCUGUUGUUUUGAUCUGCAGUCAAAGCUCUGCCCUCUUGAUGACUCUGUAACUCUGAAGUAUAAUAGUGCUUGUCUUAAAAGAAAAUUUGGUAUUUUCUUUGUUGCUUAAAUUACCAAGCAACACCUACCAUUCCAUAGCAGACUAUGCACCACAGGUAACUGCCAGUAAGCAGUGGGUAGAUACCGUGGAACUACUUUAUUGGAGUACUAGGUCAUGGUUUACCUCUGUAAAUAUAUUUAUGCUGCCUCUGUGGCCAGUGCUCUAUUUCUUAACCAAAUUUGAUCAACAAAUAUCUAUUAUGCCUCAGCAAAUUUUCCUGCAGCUAUUUGCAAGUACAGAGACAGUUUAGAGAUUUCACAAUACAAUAUGUUCCACAAAGGAUUAGUUUGCUACUGAACUUCUUUUCAGUUAGUUAGCUGGUUCCUCUGCAUACAUAUGUCACAUGUAAACAUGAAUGUGUGCUUAUGGGGUGGAUCAGUGUUCGCAUUGGCUGUGAGGUCUAAGGUAGUGGUGUCCAAAAUGUGGGGUACAUGUGCUGUAGGGGCUGCACAAGGCAAUCCACUGAGGUAUAGUGGGGUAUAGUAUCCUUUUUUAAUUUCUGGUUUUGUUUAUGUUUUAUAAUGUACAUCCCCCUAGGUCUCAGAGACAUCUCAAAAGGAUGUGUGAACUGAUUGUCAAGUAGAGUCUUCAUUGUGCAGGGUUAAUGCCAUUUAAGAGACUGCAGCUAUCUGCUGAAACAAGUAUCUUGGGCAUUUGAGGCACCCUGCUAUAUCUAAGACAUGCUGCUCUGGCAGAUUGUAAGCAUCAUCCCUCACCAGCAGGGCAGCUGGAGGCUGGGAAGGAUGGUUGAGUCUGUUGCAGAUAGCACAGGAUGCCUUUGUGUAAGCAACUGAAUCAUGCCAUAGCAUCUGUUUACUGUAACUAGAGCUUAGAUACUUACCUUUUCAUUUAGACUCUUGCAUGUUAACAUCUAGGUGUAGGUGUAGGAGUCUUACCAUUGACCUGCUUCUGCCAUGUUUAAUAUACUUUGGCAAUAAGAACCAGUAGUUUUUGAAAGUAUGAAACACAUGAACAUAUAAAGGUAUUACAGCCCAUAAAUCAGGAAUUUUUCUGAAACAUGCAUGAAAGAAAAAAUUAAAAUAUGAAAGUGGAUUAAUUUCAGUAGAUAUGUAAAAGUGGCCUUUAACCUGUGAAAGAAUUAAAUAUUCAGAACACUAGAGGAGCUGAGACUAGGAAUAUAGUUUCUGGGAAUUGGGAGACCAUUAGCUGCCAUAUUAGCCCUGCUCUAUGUGCAUAUGUUCUUAGGCCAUGUCAAGUUUGGCAGCCAUGUGAUCAUUUAACGUCUUGCAGAUAGACUUCAGUCUUCUCUGUACUGUUCCUUCACCUCCCCUGUGAUUGGGGCUGAGUCUGUACCUGGCUAAGGCUCUGCUAAUUCCAGACCAAGCGUGCUCUUUACUAAUCUGACACUGUGCCCAGAUAUUUAAGCCUUAAGAAGCAGGAAUUGUAGCUCAGCACCAGCUCUUCAUUUCAGCACUUCACAGCCUGCCACUGGGACUUAGCCGGUGUUUCAAUGAAAUGCCGUAAUGUGCCAAAUUUGAAAUAAUCUCUUUGUACUGGCUUGUGCAUGCUGUUUGAUUCCUGUGUAAUCACUGCAGAGCAGGUAGACUGUAAGUGAGCAGGAGAGUGAAAAUCUUGUUUGAUCCAGCUGAAGAUGCCAUUACAAGGGCUGUUGUGAUGGCAAUUCCUGGCACCUACUGGACAGAAACCAACCACUUGAGAUACUUGGUUCUUUGUGUAAGCAUGACUUUAUGCCAAAAUCCUAAUAAAUUUUAUUGUGUUUGUUUU